ACGCCGCUGUUUGAAUAUGCAAUCAGUUUGGCGGCUACAAUGACUGAGCAACAUCAUCUCAGCAGUGGAGAGUGAGUGUUGCUUUUUUUUGGAAACUGUGAGUGGGUGAUAUCAAUAUCAGGAGCAAGGAAGACAAAAAAGAAACAGAGAAGGAAAGAGGGAAGGAGGGAGAAAACAAGUGUGCAGCUCUGAGGCGUUCCAUCAUCCACCAAACUCCUGCAGCUUCCCACUUCCCUCCUCCUCCUCCUGGAGAAAGAGAGAGAGAGAGCAACAGAGAGAGGAAGAGCUGCAAGGAGAGAGAGAGAGAGAGAGAGAGAGAGAGAGAGAGAGAGAGGCAGCAACAGAGAGAGAGAGUGAGAGAGUCACGCUUACAAGCCAGUGGAGAAGAGGAGGAUCUACAAAGGGAGAAAAAAAAUCCUUCUCUCUCCUGCUGCCUCUCUUCGUGCAUCCUACGGGCAGCGCGGAGCGAAGAGGAGCGCGGAGGACCCGGCUAGCAUAUUUUCUACGCUGCUUGCCCGCGAUUUCUGUGGCUGCACCACAGUGCGUGGAGCGCAGGGGAGAGCCGCCGAGAGCUUCAUCGGUGACAACGCUCCGCAGCCGAAGAAGAGCACCGUAGAGGAGCCAGGAUGCUUAACAACCUGACCGACACGGAGGAGGGGGACGGGGGAGUGCAAAGCCAGGGCGACAGUAACCCCAAGGAGAGCAGCCCCUUCAUCAACAGCAGUGAUGCUGCCGCAGAGAAGAGCCAGCAGUAUGACGGCAAGAACAUGGCCUUGUUUGAGGAGGAGAUGGACACCAGCCCCAUGGUGUCGUCUCUCCUCAGCAGCCUGGCCAACUACUCCAACCUGCCCCAAGGUAGCAAGGAGCACGAGGAGGCCGAGAACAACGAGGCCGAGUCAUCGCGCAAGAAACCCGUCAAGGCCCCCCAGCUCGGCACUCUGAUGGGCGUCUAUCUGCCGUGCAUCCAGAACAUCUUCGGUGUGAUCCUCUUCCUCAGGAUGACCUGGUUGGUGGGAAUCGGAGGCGUCAUUGGGACGUUCGUCAUUGUCUUCAUGUGCUGCUCCACGACCAUGCUGACUGCCAUCUCGAUGAGUGCCAUCGCUACCAAUGGAGUAGUGCCAGCUGGAGGAGCCUACUACAUGAUAUCCCGUUCGCUGGGCCCUGAGUUUGGGGGAGCAGUGGGGAUCUGUUUCUAUCUGGGGACCACCUACGCUGGAGCCAUGUACAUCCUGGGGGCCAUCGAGCUUCUCCUGAUCUACAUAUAUCCCAAAGCGGCCAUCUUUCCCCUGGAAGGCCUGGAAGGUGCCGAAGCGGAGGCUGCCCUGCUCAACAACAUGCGCGUGUACGGCACCAUCCUGUUGACCUCCAUGGCCACGGUGGUGUUUGUCGGCGUCAAGUACGUCAACAAGUUGGCCCUGGUGUUUCUGGCCUGCGUCAUCCUCUCCAUCCUGGCCGUCUAUGCCGGCGUCAUCAAGACCGCCGUCGAUCCUCCCGACUUCCCUGUGUGCGUCUUGGGGAACCGCACUCUGGUGUGGAAAACCUUCGACGUGUGUGCCAAGACCAUUGAAACAGCCAAUGGGACAAUCACCACCCAGCUGUGGAGCAUGUUCUGCGAUUCACCUUUACUCAACGCCACCUGCGACCAGUACUUCGUCGCCAACAACCUGACUCAGAUCCAGGGCAUCCCGGGGGUCAUGAGUGGAGUCCUGGCAGAGAACAUGUUCGGGAACUACUACGAGAAGGGCGACCUGGUUGCCAGGAAGUACAUGUACUCAGUGGAGGAGCAGGACCAACCUCUGACCAACUCUAACCGCUACGUGUUGGCUGACAUCACCAGCUUUUUCACGCUGCUGGUCGGCAUCUACUUCCCCUCUGUGACAGGGAUCAUGGCUGGCUCCAACCGCUCCGGUGACCUGCGUGAUGCCCAGAAGUCCAUCCCCGUUGGAACCAUUGCAGCCAUCACCACCACCUCCAUAGUCUACAUGUCCAGUGUGUUUCUAUUUGGUGCCUGCAUCGAGGGCGUGGUCCUCAGAGACAAGUUCGGAGAGGGGGUGCAUGGGAACCUGGUGAUUGGCACGCUAGCCUGGCCGUCACCGUGGGUGAUUGUGAUUGGCUCCUUUUUCUCGACCUGUGGGGCGGGGCUGCAGAGUCUGACAGGAGCUCCUCGGCUCCUGCAGGCCAUCGCCAAGGACGGCAUCGUGCCCGCCCUCCGGAUCUUCGGCCAUGGGAAGGCCAACGGGGAACCCACAUGGUCCCUCCUGCUGACAGCUUGUAUCUGUGAGAGCGGCAUCCUCAUCGCCUCCCUGGACGCGGUGGCUCCCAUCCUCUCCAUGUUUUUCCUCAUGUGCUACAUGUUCGUGAACCUGGCCUGUGCCCUGCAGACGCUGCUGAGGACUCCCAACUGGAGACCUCGCUUCAAGUUCUACCACUGGGCUCUGUCCUUCCUCGGGAUGAGCUUGUGUCUCACUCUCAUGUUCAUCUGCUCCUGGUACUAUGCCAUUGUCGCCAUGGUAAUCGCCGGCUCCAUCUACAAGUAUAUUGAGUUUGCAGGUGCGGAGAAAGAGUGGGGCGACGGGAUCCGAGGUCUGUCCCUGAGCGCUGCGCGUUACGCUCUCAUGCGGCUGGACGAAGAACCCCCGCACACCAAGAACUGGAGGCCCCAGUUGCUAGUGCUGGUCAGUACAGACAGCGAGCAGAACGUGGAGCAGCCUCGUCUGCUCUCUCUGACCAACCAGCUGAAGGCAGGAAAAGGUCUAACCAUCGUUGGCACCGCUCUAGAAGGCACCUACCUGGAGAACUACAGCCAGACCCAGCGGGCCGAGCAGGCACUGCACAAACUGAUGGAGACUGAGAAGGUGAAGGGCUUCUGUCAAGUGACCGUGUCGUCGAAUCUGCGUGACGCUACAUCCCACCUGCUCCAGGCCAGCGGGCUGGGAGGCCUGAAACAUAACGCUGUGCUGGUCUCGUGGCCGCGCAACUGGAAACAGGGAGACGAGCUUCAGACCUGGAGGAACUUCAUUGAGUUGGUCAGAGAAACCACAGCCGCUCACCUGGCUAUGCUCGUGCCGAAGAACAUCUCGGCCUUCCCGUCCAAUGGAGAGCGCUUCACUGAGGGUCACAUCGACGUGUGGUGGAUCGUCCACGAUGGAGGCAUGCUGAUGCUGCUGCCCUUCCUUCUGCGACAGCACAAGGUUUGGAGGAAGUGCAAGAUGCGCAUCUUCACCGUGGCCCAGAUGGACGACAACAGCAUCCAGAUGAAAAAGGACCUGACCACAUUCCUCUAUCACCUCCGUAUCGACGCUAUGGUGGAAGUUGUAGAAAUGCACGACAGCGACAUCUCAGCCUACACGUACGAGAAGACCCUGGUGAUGGAACAACGGUCACAGAUGCUUAAAAAGAUCAACUUGACCAAGAACGAGCGGGAGAGAGAGAUCCAGAGCAUCACUGAUUCGUCCCGCGGCUCGAUCCGCCGCAAGAACCCGGCCGCUGUGACCACCCAGCUGAGCGUGACCGAGGAGCCGCCCGCAGCCACCAAGGAGGAGAAGCCCGAGGAGGAGUCAAAGUCGGCCUCUUCCCCUGUGUCCCCCCCUGCUCAGGUCCAGCUCAUCCACGACAACACCACCCCGGCCAGCCCCUCCACCCCGGCCACCCCACUGACCCCCGGAGAGGGGGCCCAGAGCCCCGGGGAGCAGGUCCAGAUGACCUGGACUGAGAAGUGCGACGGGGAGCCGGCCAAGCCGCCCGGCGCAGCCACACCCGAGGGCAUCAAAGACAUCUUCAACAUGAAGCCUGAGUGGGAGAACCUGAAUCAGUUCAAUGUGCGACGUAUGCACACAGCGCUCCGGCUGAAUGAGGUCAUCAUCAAGAAGUCCUCAGAGGCCAAGCUUGUCCUCCUCAACAUGCCCGGGCCGCCCAAGAACCGGACAGGGGACGAGAACUACAUGGAGUUCCUGGAGGUCCUCACCGACGGCCUCAACCGGGUCCUCCUGGUCCGCGGAGGCGGCCGCGAGGUCAUCACCAUCUACUCCUGAAAGAGCAGCCCCCUCCUCCCCUACCACCCCCCCGCCCCCCUCUCUACCCUCCCCUCAGCCCCCCUCCCUGUGUCACCUGAGCUCCUUCAUCAACGCUGCCUCAUCAUCACCAUCACGACCGUUUCUUUGUGUGAGAUCCUCUCCCUGCCGGCCGACAGCUCCGCCCAGCUCCAGCACCUCUCUGCUCCAUCCCCAGCAGACCGACGAGCAGCAUCACACGCUCCGCUCCCACACCUGUCAUCCUAGUCUCAUAAGCUACUCUCUCUGUUGUAGGCUCUGGACCAAUUUAGAUGCUGUGUCUAGAUUUGUCCUUCGAGAGACUUUUUUCUUUUCUUUGGUGAUCUGUCUGAGUCGGAGUCGCUCAGUGAAGAGGAGGAGGAGGUGUGUGUGUGUGUAUGUGUGUGUGUGUGUGUGUGUUGUUGGCUGAGGUGUGAGCGCACAUGCAUGUUUGUAUUUGUUUCAGUCUGAAGAUGCUUCUUAUUUGUGUUGCUUUUAUAUGAGCAAGACGUGGAACCAGCUCCUGCUCUGAAAGAACGAGAGCUGCGAUGAGCUCUGUGCAGGUUGUUGGUUCCAGUGUGGUGAUCGGACACUUUCAGUCAGGACCAGUGGCUGGAGGAGGAGGAAGAGGAGGAGGAGACAGCUGCGUAUGAACUGUGACAUUCACAUCCAUGUUCGGAGGAGAAGACUGAACCAGCACGUGGAUCAAACCUGCAGAUUUACCUCCAACUUGCUCAAUUCCUUUUUUCGCAUGAAAUCCUCACAAGCGCGUGUGUGUGUGUUUCUACUCCAUCACUUGUCUUUCCACCCAUCCUCCUUCUCAACUCAUCUCUUUAGUGGCUGUUUUAUCCCUGUCGCCACUGUUAGUGCCAAAAAAAAAAAGAAAAGAUUCAACAAGGCUAUAGCUUAGUCUGUAGAGAUUGACACGUGAUUAAACUGUGAAUUGUGCGUUUCCUCGCAGGAGGCUGGUGUGAUAGUGGGGUCAACGCCACUAAUCCACCCCCCCCUGAGGAGAUCAUCAUCGCCAGCACCCCCCCUCGACCCUCGUGUGGAUCACUGUAAAUAAUGUACAAGCUCUGGCGCAUUGUUCAGUAUGAGUGUAGUAUUUUUGUGACAUACUAAAAAGCUUCUAGUGGAGAGGAAACAUUCCGUCGCUCAGAGACACGGCUCGGAAAACUUUACUUCUUUAUUUAUUGAUUUAUUUAUUGGAUUGAUUUAUUUAUUGGAUGGCUUCGGCUCCCGUCAUAACCGUCACCGUGACCACCACGAGCACCUGCACCCGCACUGCGCGGGAAAAAAACGAGUGAACUUUCGACGAGCUCACCGCUUAAAAAGAUCACCGAUAAAUGUUAUUUUUUCAUCUUAUAGAGCAAAUAUACGUAUUUUAUGUUUAUAUAUAGAAGUUACACAUAUAUUGACGCGAUCAGAUCGUUGUAAUCUCAUUUUCUGAUUGUCACUCAAAGAUCUAUCGCUGUUUUUGCCAAAUUUUAGAGACGUACACGUGCCAUAUCAAAGUAUUUUUCAAAGAGACAUAGUGAUUCUAUUGGAUAAGUCAGAGGGACCAGAGGUGUGUUGGGUGCAACUGGUGUGGUGACGACGCUGUGGUUAGAAAGUGGCCCUGGGGAUGAUGGAAGAAGAUGUUCAGACAACACGGUGAGUCACAUCAGCUCGUACAGAUGUGUCUGAACAUCUGUCCACUGGUCGUCUGCAGGGUCGGGUCUGAACCAGUAGGGAGGACAACGGCUGCUGUAGCUGGGAAACUCGCUCUGUCCACAAGACUGAACUCUAUGCAGUAGACUCUCCAGUGAUUUUAUAUCCUCUAGAUUGGCUAAGAUUAGAGCCACACACGCACACGCACACGCACACACACACACACACACACACACACACACACACACACACACAAACCCACACACACACAUACUCACGUCCCUGACUGAAUGACUGGUGAGAAAAAUCAUAUUUAGGUUUAAAAGAAGAAAUUUAAAAAAGUGCAUCUUGGAAGGAAUGUGCAAUAGUCGAAUAAAUCCGGACUCAUGUGAUCAUGUUAUUUAUUUUUUUACACAUAUAUUUUGUAUAUGUAGAUUUCGUAAGUGUUCUAAAAAAAAAAUUCCAGAACCAUCUCACUCUGACCAAGGACAGCUGUCACUUUACUUUCAAUAUCUUUUGUUUCUUUUCUAAAAGAAACUGUUUUUGGUCAUUUGCACUCGUAGUAGAAAUAUAAAUAUAAACAAAUACAUAUAUAUAUAUAGAUAUAUCUAUACAUAUAUAUAUACGAUAUAGGAAAGCAAAACAAAUUAGUUUGUAGAACUAUUUAAAAAACAGUAUUCAAUGUUUUUAGUGUUGCUUGAAUGUCGGACCGUAUGUUGUGAAUGCUGCUAGUAUCAAUAGAUUUAUUUGUACUGUAAAUAACUAGAGUGACUUUAAAGAGAUAAAGGGUAUAGACAUACAUAUCAGCGGUGGGGGGGUCGUCUACAGGACAAGGACCUGGAACCAUUCGGCUUGUGAUCUCUGGACAGGGUUCGCUUUUUUGUUUUUAUUAGAAAUCGACACUGAAAACCUUGAUGCAAUAUUAUAUAUUAAUAUGACAGCUGAGGGCAAACUCUUCACCCUUUGAUUCUCUUUUUCAACAAAGAAAUGCUCUCGUGAUUAUUCUCACCUUUGACCCCAUCACUGAAGUGAAUUUUAAAAGUGACAGGUUGUUCAUUUACGCAAAGAAAAUGCCAAAAUAUGUUGGAAUAUGAGUAUUUCUGGUUUAUCUGCUUCACGUUAGUGUUUGGGAAACGUUUUUAACACACCUACCUUUGACCCCUGUGACAGUGAAGGAGCAGCCACUCCCAGUUUUCUAAGAUUUCCGGCUGCCGACUCAUGAAGAUUUUCUUUAUCGAGCUUGUCGACUUAACUCUCGACAGAAAAAAAGGGGUUUUGAAGAACAUGGCUGUUUUGGGAUCGUCUCCACAACAUUGCCUGCAUCAACUGAGCCUUUUAAAUUUAUUCAAAAAGAAAAUAUAUCUGAUGUUUAUGGGAGACGUUUGUGGGAAAUGAGUUUAUUUAUUGAAUUCUAAGUGUUUUAUAAUUGCUGUUUGCAUGGUACUAUGUGGCAGUAUUUGUUUUAGUGGUUUCUAUAGUGAUGACUUUACUGUUCAAGGUGCGGAGGUCAGAGGUCGGACACUUUGAGAACUCGGGAGUAGUUUGGCUUGACCUUGAGAAACAAGUCUUUUGCAAAAAAAUAAGAAAAAGUAUGAGUUCACUAUAUUGUUCCUUGUUAUAUUCCACUCUCGCUCAAGUAGUCUUAUGUAACGUAAAAAGGAGAUUAUGAGUUUGCGAAUGAAUGGGCCUGGAGGACGGUAACUUCACCCGUGUAAAUAUAUAUCACUCAAGUCAGAGACACUGUAA